UAGCAUCAUGGUCCGUAAAUUGGAUGUAAACUUGAAUAAUAAGGAAUUUAUAGUUAAUGCUUUAAAAGAGAAUAAAAGAUUAGACGGUAGAUCUCUCCUUGAAGGUCGUCCUAUUGAAAUUCAGUUUGGCAAGCCACUGGGUUCUGUUACUAUCAAACUUGGAGAGUGUUCUGUAAUGUCAUCAGUCAGCUGCACCGUCACCCAGCCAACACCAGAAAGACCAUAUGAAGGCCAACUUAACAUAUCGAGCGAAUUAUCAGCAAUGACUACACCAUUCUAUGAACCAGGGAUGAGAGGUAACACAGCCGAAGAAGAAGCUACGCUGAAUAGGCAGCUAGACAAGGCAAUAAGAAGGUCCGGGAUGGUCGACAGAGAAGCAUUGUGUAUAAUCGGAGGAGAGAAAGUUUGGUCAUUGAAUUUGACGCUACAUUACAUAUCAGAUGAUGGUAAUUUGAUCGAUGCAGGUGUUAUCGCAGCUGCAGCGGCUUUAUUGCAUUUCAGAAGGCCUGAUGCAACGGUAAUAGGUAAUGAAGUGACGUAUCACUCAGAAGACGAGCGCGUUCCUGUCCCAUUGGCCAUCAACCACACUCCAAUCAGUUUCAGUUACGUCUUCUUCGACGAUUUUGAUAAUGCAGUACUUGACCCAACUGCACUCGAGUCACAGCUCAGUAGCGCGACGUUCACUAUUACUACUACACCACAAAAGGAGGUUCUCACAAUUACGAAGAAUGGCGGAACGACUUUCGCACCACAGACGGUAUUGGAUUGUCUCGGUCACGCAACCGAGAGGGCUGCUGUUAUUUCAAAACAAUUACACACCGCUAUCAACGAAGACCUAGAUAGAAGGAAGAUAGGCGGUGUUUUAUAAACUUUUAACGUUAUUUAUUACCUUAGAUAGAACUGAACAAUGACC